CGCCGCAGGUAUUACCAGGCUGUACACUGGUAGCAAAGCACUUAGCACGCGCAAGCGACUAUCUUCUUUGCUCAGUCCAGAUCGGCUAGCCAGGCUACUCUAUACCAGAGAUGACCGACAAUUGACACCUGACUUUCGGUGAUUUCGGCAACAAGGAUUUCUCGGGAGCGCCGGUAUACGUUGUGCAGGAGGGUACCGAUUUGAUGUUCGUUCCUUACUGCCAUCUUCCUUCAUAGACCUCGAGGUGUCUACUUCAUACACAGAGAUGAAUUCCUCUAACCCUCCAAGCCCCAAUGCCGGUCUUAUCGUUGGCAUAUGCCUGGCCAUCGUGUCUGUCAUUUCAUUGGUGGUUCUCGUUGCAGUCUAUAUUUCUCGAGUGAACAGGGGCAUACGCCGGUCGUACUCGGCAUUAGAAUCAAGACCAAUGAGAAGCACAAACGGGCGGUGUUCGACGAUGGCCAGAACUUUCAAGUACGCUGAAACUCGCAGCCAAAAAAGUCCAUCUUUCAUCGGCCGUGUGUUCUUGGCCUUCCGUACUCUAACGACGCAAACAAAAACCGCGACCCGCACCGGCCCUUCCUACCAUCCACCGACUUCCUCAUUUCUCCAACUACACUCCUCGCAGACACCUGAAGUUCCAGAACAGGUAUCCCCCGUUUCCGAUGAGCUACCUUUCAAGCCAUCACCACGUCUCCUGAGUAUCCCUUUACCUCCAUAUCCGACUCCGGUUCCGGUUCUGGCAGUGAACUCGAGCGCGGGUGCGGAUUCAGAUGUCAUGAGGACGCCUAGAUUUCCACCUCUAACCAUACCUUUCGAUGCACCAUCCCAACCGAUAUCUCAAUCAGAAUCAGAACGCAUCCGAUCCGAGCUCCACACAGCCAUCGGGCCAAAUCCGUUCGCUGACCCCGACCCUACGCGGAAACCGACAUCGACUCAGCCUAUGCCUUUCGCCACACCAUUUGACCACAUAUCCCAAUCCGAACCGCCCUACACAACCAUCCCAAACCCCUUCGCUAAGCCCGACACUCCCAUAUCUCCCACCUCAUCCACUCUGCUAACUCCGACUUCUCCAACGGUAGGAAAGGGAAAGGUGAUAACAGGGGGGUUAGAAGUGCUACGUCAGCUCGACACAAAAACUGCCCUCGUUGCGGAAACUCACGCUUCGGGAAUGGGAAAGCAGGCUCAGGUUGAGUGGGUGUAGCUGUUAAGUCAGUUGGUUUGGUAUGUUAGAUCAUUGGGCGUGCGAUCUUCUCCAAGCAAACCACGCACAUCUAGUCCUACAUACUAACUGUACGGUCCUUUUCUUCUUAGACAGCCGGGCAUGCCAGGC